AUGAGUGAAUUUUCUGAAGAUCCAUUUCAAAUGGAUGAAGAAUUGCCGUCUUCGCCAAAUACAAAUCUAUCAUUACCUUUACCUCCUGAUAGUACUUUAGAACAAGACAUAACUAAAGCAUAUGAAGAUAUUUCAAGUGAUAUCAUAUAUGGAGAUAAUAAACUCAUACGACUGAAACUUGAACAAUUCAAAUUAGAAGAACAAACAGGAGGAACAAAUACUACAGAAGAUGAAAGUCAACAAGAAAAUACUUAUGAAGAAGAUUUAGAUGAUAAGUUAGAUUAUAAAUUACAAGAAAAAUUGAAAUUAGAAUAUGAAGCACAAACAAAAUCUAGUAGUAAAUUACCAUUAACACCCCCUGAGAACUUCUCAACGGUAGUUAAUAAAAUAUAUCGAUCAUCUUUCCCACAACCUUUAAAUUUUUCAUUCCUUAAGACAUUAAAAUUAAAAUCCAUACUUUGUUUAAUUCCUGAAGAUUAUCCUCAAUUACAAUUAGAAUUCCUUAAACAAGAGAAUAUUAAAUUAUUUCAACUUGGAAUGUCAGGAAAUAAAGAACCAUUUGUUAAGAUUAAUCAUGAUUUAAUUACAGAAGCCAUUAAAAUAGUAAUUAAUCCAGAAAAUCAACCCAUAUUAAUUCAUUGUAAUCGAGGUAAACAUAGAACAGGAUGUUUGAUUGGAGUCUUAAGGCGAUUACAAAAAUGGUCACUUACUAUUAUUUUUGAUGAGUAUAGAAAAUUUGCAGCUCCUAAGGAAAGACCCAUGGAUCAACAAUUUAUAGAAUUAUAUGAUGAAACUGAAAUUAUUAAAUAUGCAGAAGCUAGUAAUUUCCUACCGAUAAGAUGGGAUUAA